AUGGCGAGUCUUAGCCUUUACAACAUUUACAUAUACACAGUUCUAGGGUUUGGUGGUUUCACAUACGGGUUUGGCUUUUCUGUCUUCGUCGCUGCGGAAGGUCAGCCGGGGUUUUACUCCUAUUUCAACCUCGAUCCAACCAGUAAACACACUGCUAGUAUUAUUGAUACUGUGAAUGCCCUGUUCACAGUCGGUGCAGCUUUUGGAUCCGUCGCGCAGUCCUUCGUCGCCGACAAAUGGGGCCGCAAAAUCGGGCUGGCGGUUUCCGCGAUGUAUGCCCUCAUAGGAGGCGCACUUGCAGCUGGAGCAAUCAGCAUCCCGAUGUUGGUCGUCGUACGCCUGCUUCAAGGCUUCGGACUAGGAAUGGUCCUUCCUCUCGUGCCGCUUUAUCUGUCAGAGAUCACACCUCCUCACCAGCAAGGCCUGCUCUCUGGCUUGCCACUUUUGAGCUUCGGAACAGGAUAUUUGGUGUAA